AUGCGGGCCAAGUCCCAACACUCCAGACCAUCGGAGCCGUGGGCCAGGCUCGCAAGAAACGCCCCCAUAACAAAAGCCGGCGAGGGUGUGUCGCAUGCAAGCGGCGGAGGGUCAAGCUGCGUUAAGCGCAACAUCAACUGCUUGCCGCCGUUCCAUCAACAUGUCAUUACCCCAAGUCUGUCCAUGCCUAGUGCCCAUUUCGAGAUGGACAUGGAUCCUCAAAUAAGCCUCCUGCAUCUCGAGCUAUUCCAUCACUGGGAUAAAGAGACCCGAUCAACGCUCACGUUCCCCCAAAUCUGGCCUGUUGUCAUGCAGCGGGCUUUUAAUGAGGACUUUAUCAUGUCCGCCAUAUUAUGCGUUGCCGCUAUGCAUCUAACGACCCUCUGUCCGAAGAGCGCAAAAUACUCGCAUGCCUCAAUGCAGCUAACGGCAAAGACAGUUCAGCUCUUUCGCAAGAAUCUAUCACGUCCCUUCACAAAAGAUAAUUGCGAGGCGCUAAUGGGAACAGCGCUUCUCAUCAACUAUAUAUCAUGGUUUGACCUUGGCUUCCUGGACGGUGAGAGGAUUGCCAGCUCCGGGAGCAGGCUAGACCUUGCCCAAGAUCAGUUGUUUCUCCUAAGCCCGGGUAUCGUCCAGGUAUGGUUUCAAGCCAUGCCCAUCUUCAUCGACGAAGGAAGCGUCUUUACUCAGAUGAUCAAUCAAAAUCCAAGGUUCAGCAUUGAAGAAGCCUUAGUUAGACGAGGUGAAGACCCAGCACGCUUCGUAGAGCCAUUCAUGCAAAUAUGGGAUGAUCCGCGCUAUCAGACCUGGGGCUGCACAGCCACCGAGACGACUGUCUGUGGGCCUACAUCUUAUGCUUGGCGUCUUCUUCUCGGCAUGGAGACGGAACUGUCAUGUCGUAGUUCCUUACCGCGUGCGCCGACGCCACCUUCAGAGGAACAAGAUGAAAAGAAGAAGCUCGUGCAUAUUAGGGACGCUGUCAUAAGAAUUACUACCCAUUAUACUUCAGUCGACGAACCUGAUACAGCACUCACAUUAGAAUCUCAGUCGGCUCGCUCAUCGUUCGAAAACAUCAUACGCCGCAUGUCACCUCUUUUGUGCUGUGCAUCUCUCAAAACGGCGACAGAAGCAUCAGCACAUUCCAGUAUCAUGCCGCGAGAUGCGGAUAUUGAGCAGCUAUUUUAUGGAUUUCCGAUCCUCUGUUGUGGACCAUUUGCUAAAUUGAUGAUGAAAGGAGACUCACGGGCUCUCGUCUUCCUCUUUCAUUUCUAUCGUGCUGCACGUUGCACAUGUAUUUUUUUCAUGUAG